GAAGAGGGGAACACCGUGGGAGAGUGAGAGAGGGAAGGAAGCAAAAAGGAAAAUGGACUUGAGCGUCAGGAAGCAACCGGCGGCCUCCGCUCCCUGACUCCCCGACUCCCCGACACCGAGCGGGUGGGAAGCCUUUGCCUCGGCGCCGGGAGCUGACAGACCGCGUCCAGGACACCCGCCCCCAGGACAGGACAGGACAGGACAGGUGCGCGGGGGCAGCGCGCGGAGCCUCACCUGAGCCGCUCACCUGAGGGGCGACAUGAAGGUGACGGUGCAGUUCGGCCGCACCGGCAUCGUGGUGCCCUGCGGGGACGGCACCCUCCGGGUCCAGCAGCUCAUCCAGCAAUCCGUGCAGCGGUACUGCAGGAACACCGCCAAGGACGUGGGGUAUCUGGUGAGGAUUCACCACUUGGAGUACACGGAUGGAGGGAUACUGGAUCCAGAUGAUAUACUCAUGGAUGUGGUGGAAGACAAAGAUAAGCUUGUUGCUGUGUAUGAGGAGCAGGAGUUGCACCAUGAAGCUGAUGUUGCGAAUGGCAGUCUGACAGACAGGCACAGCCCAGACACCUUUGGCAGUGAGAUGGCAGCUCAACUUGCAGUCUUCCAGCCCAUCACAGGAGAAAUUGAAGUCACUUCGUCAGCACUCAAAGCCAGCACGCCUCUCCUGGUCCGCAGAAGCAGUGACCCAGCCAUGGCUCCACCUGCUGAGCUCCAAGCAGGUGCAUCUCAUCCUGACGACACAGCCACCAGGAACCUGAAACUCAUUACAGCAGCAGGAGUGAAUUUCCCUUCAACUGACCCUGGAAAAGUGGACCACUUGGGCCACACGGACAAGCAUUUGAAAAUUCUCUUCAGCAAUGAUAUAACGAAGAAGGUGGAGUUUUCUGGAGAUGGAGGACCCCUAGGAAUCCACGUGGUGCCCUUUACUUCUACACUGAGUGGAAGAUUCCUGGGUCUGUGCAUUCGUGGUAUUGAAGAGAACAGUAGGUCUAAAAGGGAGAGACUGUUCAUAGAGAACGAGUGUAUCGUGACAAUUAAUGACACAGAUUUAACAGAUAAAACAUUUGUUCAAGCACAGGAGAUCUUCCGAAAUGCGGUGCAAGCUCCUUCUGUCCAGCUGGAGAUAGUCCCUGGGUGUAACAGAGAGCGGUAUGAAAAGUCAGCCAUCGGAUGUCUCAUUAACCACAAGCAUGAAGACAAUAAUGCAAAACCUAAAGUUCCGCCUCCAAUGCAUUCCAAGCUGUCCGUCAAACAAAUUGAUUCAGUCAGUUCCAAUAACUCCGAAAGUGGUUUGCCAUUGGUCUCGGCUCAGAUCAGCAGCCCAACGCAGACAAGAAGCAACAGCCACUCGCUUUUGGCAAAGAAAACAUCCUCGCCAACAGUGUUUGGGGGACUGGGCUCCAAGAAACAAGGGAAGAAGAUCAAAAUCGAUUUGAAAAAGGGUUCUGAAGGUCUUGGUUUCACGGUAGUUACCAGGGAAUCAUCUGCACAUGGAACACCUGGUCCCAUCCUGGUCAAAAACAUCCUGCUAAAGGGGGCCGCAGUGAAAGAUGGCAGGCUGCAAUCUGGAGACAGAAUCUUGGAGGUGAAUGGCGUAGAUAUCAUGGGGAAGACUCAGGAGGAACUGGUUGCCAUGCUGCGCAGUACUAAACAAGGCGAGACUGUUUCCCUUGUUGUGGCACGUCAAGAAGAUGUCUUCAUUCCACGAGAGCUGAAGGGGGAACACAACUGUAAUCUACCACUGGAUGACAGAAAGGAGAAUCUGACCUUCGAGAUCCCACUCAAUGAUUCAGGCUCCGCUGGACUAGGAAUCAGUCUCAAAGGAAACAAAUCCAAAGAGACUGGGGCUGACCUUGGCAUAUUCAUUAAAGCUAUCCUUCACGGUGGGGCAGCGUUCAAGGACGGGCGCCUACGCACCAACGAUCAGCUAAUAGAGGUCAAUGGUGAGUUAUUAAUGGAGAAGUCUAACCACGAGGCUUUGGAAGCACUGCGACGGUCCAUGUCAAUGGAGGGCAACAUCCGUGGAAUGAUCCAAGUGAUGGUGGCCAGGAGAGUGGAGAAACCCCGAGAGGAUUGCCUGGAGUUUGGCAAUGUGCAGCCGUACAGCGCUCACAGCCGCAAUGGUGCUGGCCAGUACUUUGUGCAACCGUACAGUACUCGAGAGAAGGUGACGAUGGGGAGCAAUGAGGCCGAAGAAAUUCCGCCUCCGAUUCCACCACAUCCAGAUGAGGAGGACGCCGUGGAGGUGUUGUACACACGACCGUUCCAAAAAGAUAGCUCUGAGGUCAGUCCUGGUUCGCAAUUGCUACAGCAGAAAGUCACAGCUGGGACUCCAGAACUCAAGCCUGAUAAAGCUUCUGUUAGAAUCAGCAGUUCAAAGAGCAUGGAUCUGGUGGCAGAUGAAAGCAAUGUCAGGUCUCUGACAGUGCACCAGACAGUCUUGAGACAAGAGGAUUCAGCAGGGACUUCGUUAGAGGUGUUUAACAUUUUAAAUGGGAUUGAAAAAAAUGUUCAUUGGCCAAGCUCUGAGGUCAGUCCUGGUUCGCAAUUGCUACAGCAGAAAGUCACAGCUGGGACUCCAGAACUCAAGCCUGAUAAAGCUUCUGUUAGAAUCAGCAGUUCAAAGAGCAUGGAUCUGGUGGCAGAUGAAAGCAAUGUCAGGUCUCUGACAGUGCACCAGACAGACUCCUCGGAGAGAGAUGUGGGGCCCAUGCUGGGCCUGAAGAAGUCCAGCUCUCUUGAAAGUUUGCAAACGGCUGUGGCUGAGGUCAGGAAGAACGAACUCCCUUUCCACAGGCCCAGGCCUCACAUGGUCCGAGGACGAGGUUGCAACGAGAGCUUCCGGGCGGCCAUUGAUAAGUCCUACGAUGGACCUGAGAUUCCAGAAGAUGUGGAUUCUGAAGACAGCUCCCAGUCAGGCCGCGAGACUCCUGGCAGCGAGUCUGCGUUGCAGGGACCCGUGGAUUUGGAGGACGGGGAGAGCUCCGAUAGUAAGACGAAAAAAGACAAGAAGAAGAAAGACAAGAAGCAGAAGGUGAAGACAAAAGGAAAAGAAAAAGCCAAAGAGAAGAAAAAGGGAAAUGAUAGUCAAGAAAAGGAGGAAAAGAAAGCAAAGAAGAAAGGUUUCGGAGCAAUGUUGAGGUUUGGAAAAAAGAAAGAAGAAAAAGGAGGGAAGGCAGAACAAAAGGCCAAACAAAAGGGAGAUAUACUGAGCGAGGAAGAACUGGAAAAAAUGAAAGAAGAACGAGACAGGAUUGAAGCCAAACACCAGGAAUUGCGGGAGAGGCAGGCGAGGGAACGGUCAGAGCAACAAGCAGUCCCGAGCCUCUCCAUCCCUAACAUUGAAGACGAUGACAUGGACCCCAACUACGCCAGGGUCAACCACUUCCGGGAACCGCCUCCACCAGCCGCCAGCUUCCAGCCUCCUUCCCCACAGCUGAAUACAAUAAACCUGCCUCGGGACUUGGCCAUAGAACAGGAGAACCUGGAAGGACUUUAUGCCAAGGUUAACAAGCAGCGGCUUCCACCUCCUGACAGUACCCCACCCUCCAACCUGGACCGAAUUCACCAACUGAGGAAGGAGUACCACCAGGCCCGGCGAGAGGGGGCUAUCCCAUCCUACGAGGAGCAUGAAGGCAGGUGGAGAGCCAAUGACUACGAGGCACACUGGGUUUCUGUAAAAGGCCCCAAUGGUCGUCAUCCCUCUACAGUUGAGGCACAGCAGCACCGUCACCGGUUUGAGGAGAUGGAUCAUCAGUAUGACUCUCUUAUCAGGCGCGGCGCUGCAGACCCAGAGGAAUUUCAGCUACAGCCUCACAGCUCAUACGGUGACCGCGAGCCUCCUCGUUACAUGGGACCCCAUCAUCCGCCCAUGGGGUACCCGUACAGAGGGAAUUACUCACGGACCAUCUCUGACAGCCGUCUGGAUCCCAGGAUUCCAGAUUACAUGAACAACACCAGAAGGGAAGCAGCUUACAACCCACCGGCCCAUUACAAGGGACCCCACAGGCACGAUGUGCCCCCAUCACCUCCCCAGACAUUUAAAGUGCUUCGAUACCAUGACCAAAACAAAGCUGCAUACCGGGAGACGAGCCCCGAGCGAUACAGAAACCCUUACCAGGACGGUCGCCAUCGGGACCCCAGACAAAAGAAUGGAAUGACGGCCGCUGUGUAGCUAGAGGUGGUCCACAGAGCAAAGAGGUUGCAACAAACUUGAUGCGACAAGCAUGGUCUUUCGCUGCUGAUUUCUGCUUGUUUCAACAUCGCACACAGGGAAAGAAAGUAUCGUGGCUUAGCACAUUCUUUUGGUUUGGGCCUAUUCAGAUACGAAUGGCCUUUCCUUCCUCUGUAAAUUGAGUUCUCUCUUCUUGCUAAUUGGAAACAAAAUUAUGCUGCUUAACAAAGCUUGUUUGUUAAGGUUUUCAACCACAGAAAGAAACCAAUUGGAAGCAAAAAAAUCAAUUGAGGAUGGUCCUGGGGCAUUGCACACGUGGGCGUUGGGUUUUCUGCUAAUCGAUCACAAAUAGUUUCUCAAUGAACCCAAAGUGAAGGUCUACGAUCGUUAAUCCUCUUUACCGAACUUCAUCACGCACCAAGGACAGUGAGCAAACUGACAGCAGACGCCAGUGACUAACACCUCCCCGUCAAACUGAAGCAGCACAUAUUAUAAAUAACAACUGAUACCUGGGAGGGAUUUCAAGGCUAUAAUCUCAUUUCAAGGUUCAGAUGACUGUUAUAAACCACAAAAGGACAUUAUCUGAACCUUUUGAUUCAAUUUCUAUCUUGUAAUCAUUCUCAGGUAUCCAUUAUUCUCUCUAUAAUAACAUUUUACAUAUUGUGAUUCCCCUGCUGUUCCUUCAAGUGGGAUAACCUUGAAUUAUUGUAUGAAGGAAUGUGCAUUGCUGUGAUCCCUUUGAGUGCAAUGCCAGAGAUAAUCGACAAAGCCAAGGUCUAGCAACUGUGAACAGAAUUUCAGAACCAACACCAUAAGAUUGUGAGCCACUGUGAGCCUGACCUCACCCACCCUUAAUUGUUCAUUCCUUUCCAGGUAUAAGUCAGCACUAGGUGCUGAAAACAUAAUGGGAGAUUUUCAUCUGCUUGCAUUGUCCUACAAUUGGGCCCCACGUCUAAUCUGCCAAAUUGUACAACAGACUUGGAAUGAAAAACUCUUGAGUGAGACUGGAUGAAGAGCAGCCACAUGCAAGAAAGCGAUUGCCCCCAUUUCCCACUCGUUACCAGCGGUGCUGAGCAACGGUUAACAGACACAACAUCAACUGAGUGUUCAUUAAGGUGGCCAUUUGUCAGCGAUGUAUAUUCCUCCCUCUCAGUUACUUCUGCAAGAGUCAAGGCCAUGUUAUGCUUCAGCAGAGCUUCCCACUCUCUUCUCCUUCACAGAAGAACAAGCAACAAGUAGUGAUUAGAACAGAGCUCCAAAAAGCUUAUAUUCAAAGGGGGAGAAUCAUCAACACUGAGGUUCAGUGGACAAAGCUUUCUUUUGCGUGACACAGUGACGAAAUUCACAUUGAAAUAUGUCAUUGAAUCUCUUCAGUAUAGCUCAUUAAGUGUCUUAUUCAUCCCCAGCCAUUGAAUUUGUCCCUGCUCCACAGACGACUGGAUAUUUCCCCUGUCGUCAGCACGGUCCUCUUCUGAUAUCCGGUUCUCGCCACCGAAGUAAUUCUGCCGUCACAGAUGCAAAGCGAAAAUAACUUUCAAAGUGGAUGUGUUCCACCCACAAAGCGAAUGAGAUAAACGACUCGCUGCUCCACAGAGAUUAUCGUCCACCACUCACUGUAUAAUGACGUCACACUGCUGGCUAAAAAUACACAGGAAAACCGUAAAUGCCAAUAUGCCUGGUCUUUUAUAAUUAAGAGAUUUAAUUAAAAACAGAUAUUCAGCAGUAAUUAAACCAAAGAUUGUUUUUUUUCUCUCUCUCCCUGUUGACAAUCACUGAAAGCGCAGAGUGCCAUGUAAUUUGGAGCCUAGAGUUGACCUUUAAUGAACCACCAUCCUAUAUUUUUAAACCUCUUUCUUGUUUUGUCCAUUUCCUGUCCAUCUCUCUGCAGCCUGCUCUCAAGUCUGUUGCUGUCACUGUUAACUGCCCAC